UAAAUCCCCAUAAGUAAUAUAUAUACACUUAUAUUAUCCCUCUCAAGGUGCCUCUCUUUCUUCUCUGCAUCUCCAAACACAAAAAGAUGGGUGCUUGCUUUUCUUGCAAACCAAAACCUGCACUUCAAAAUGUGAGAGUGGUUCAUCUAAAUGGCUAUGUGGAGGACUAUGAGCAUCCAAUUUCUGUAGGUCAAGUCACAGGGAAGCCCACAAAGCACUUUGUCUGCACCCCAGCUCAGCUUCUCUCUACUGGGUCCAAGCCAUUAAAGCAGGACACUCUGCUGCAACCAGGGCAGGUCUAUUUUCUGCUUCCAUACUCAGCAUUGCAGAGUGAUGUUUCUCCUCUGGACUGGGCCUCCAUAUCCAGAAAGCUCACUGCAGCAGCAGCAAAAAGCAGGAGGUCUUCAUGUGAGGGUAACAAUAAUUCUUCUCAUUCUUCUCAUUUGGCUCCUUCUAGUCCUUUGAUGAUGGGCCAGUUUUGCUCAAGCCCCGUGUGGAGCUCAUCAUCUUCACCAGGUAGAAGUCCAAGCAGGUUUUCUAUGGAGCAGGAGAGCAUGGGCUCUCUGAUGGAUUAUGGCUCUCAAAGGUCUUGUAGAGCUAGGUCAUGGAAGCCACUUUUGGAUACAAUUACUGAGAAAUCAUUUAACAGGAGGACUGAAUCAGAUUUACAAGAGAUGCAUGUGGAGGCUGUGAAAUAGAUUGGGUUUGAAUUUGAUCAGGUACAGUAGGAUAUGUUGUAGUGAAAGAGAGAGAGAGAGAGAGAGAGAAAAGAAAAGAAAAAAAGAAAUAGAAAACUCUAUGCUUGGUUUUUUUGUGGUAGAUAUUGCUAGAGGAUAUUGGGAUGGAUGUAAUGGGGAUUUUCUUGUGGGAAAAUGAAAAUGGAAAACUCUGUUGAUUUUA